UUCUUUCGUUUUUUUGUUGGCCAUCUUUCCUCUCACCCCUGCCUUGUUUUUAGGCCCAUAUUCACAUUUGCUUUAUCAUAUUCUUGAAUUUCUUGAAGAAGGUUGUUAGUCCUUUUCCGCUAGUACUCUUUUAUUUUUCUUCCUCAAAACCUCACUCACAGUAGAAAUAAAAAAACAGCGCUCCAAUGUUGUGGCAGGGACUUUGCAUGGUUUCUUUUUCUUGAUCACUUGCGCUGUCAAAAAGACUUUCUUGUUUUCCAUCAUUUUUGGCUUUUUACUGAGGGUGAAAAAGAAGCAGAGAUCAUGGCCGGAGGAGGAGCAGCAGCGCCGCCGCCGAAGCAAGAGGAGUUAAUGCCAUUUCCAGUCAAAGAUCAGCUUCCCGGAGUUUCUUUCUGCAUCACUAGCCCACCUCCAUGGCCUGAGGCCAUAUUGCUUGGGUUCCAACACUUUCUUGUGAUGCUUGGCACAACUGUGCUCAUACCCUCCAUUUUGGUCCCCCAAAUGGGAGGAGGAAAAGAAGAGAAAGCUUUGAUGAUUCAAACACUACAGUUUGUUGCUGGUUUGAACACUCUUGCUCAGACAUUGUUUGGCACUCGCCUACCGGCUGUGAUCGGAGGCUCUUACACCUUUGUGCCCGCCACUCUGUCUAUCGUCUUAGCUGGCCGAUAUAGUGAUAUUUUGGAUCCUUAUGAGAAAUUCAAGAAGAUUAUGAGGGGAAUUCAAGGGGCUAUGAUUGUAGCUUCCACUCUUCAGAUUGUCAUCGGCUUCAGUGGCCUGUGGCGCAACGUGACCAGGUUAAUGAGCCCCCUUUCCACAGUUCCAUUGGUAGCUCUCACCGGGUUCGGUCUGUAUGAAUUAGGCUUUCCUCUGCUUACAAAAUGUGUGGAGAUUGGACUGCCUCAGCUUGUUUUGCUUGUGAUAGUUUCACAGUACUUGCCACAUCUGAUGAAAGGGGGGAGAAAUGUGUUUGAUCGGUUUGCAGUGUUAUUCUCCGUGAUCAUCGUCUGGAUAUAUGCACACCUACUCACCGUGGGCGGAGCAUACAAGAACGUGCCACUCACGACUCAGCUAAGCUGCAGAACUGACCGUGCUGGGAUCAUAGGCGCUGCUCCUUGGAUCAGAGUUCCGUAUCCAUUUCAAUGGGGAGCUCCAAGCUUUCAUGCUGGGGAAUCAUUUGCCAUGAUGGCAACUUCAUUUGUAGCCCUUGUUGAGUCAACUGGUGCUUUCAUUGCUGUGUCAAGGUAUGCGAGUGCAACUCCUGUACCACAUUCUGUUCUUAGCCGUGGCAUCGGCUGGCAGGGUGUCGCCAUAUUGUUCUCCGGGAUAUUUGGUACGGGAACUGGAUCUUCAGUGUCUGUUGAAAAUGCCGGCUUGCUUGGGCUGACACGCGUUGGCAGCCGUAGAGUGAUACAAAUAUCUGCUGGUUUCAUGCUGUUCUUCUCCAUACUAGCGAAAUUUGGAGCUGUCUUCGCCUCAAUCCCUGCUCCCAUCAUCGCUGCUCUGUAUUGCCUUCUCUUUGCCUAUGUUGGUGUUGGUGGGCUUACUUUCCUGCAGUUCUGCAAUCUCAACAGUUUUAGGACAAAGUUCAUUCUUGCAUUCUCGGUGUUCAUGGGACUGUCCGUGCCACACUACUUCAACGAGUACGAAUCUCUGAAAGGCUAUGGACCUGUUCACACCAAAGCAAGAUGGUUCAACGACAUGAUCAACGUGCCCUUCUCGUCUGAGCCAUUCGUGGCUGGUUUUCUGGGCCUGGUUCUGGACCUGACUAUGCCUCCCAAGGACACCACGACGAGGAAGGACAGAGGCAUGCAUUGGUGGGACAAGUUCCGGUCUUACAAGACCGAUACUAGGAGUGAAGAGUUCUACUCUCUGCCUCUCAAUCUCAACAAGUUCUUCCCAUCUGUCUAGAUCUUUGCAAAAUACUAUCACACUAUCUAUGUUUUCUUCACCAACUGUAGACUGUAGUAUCAAGGUUAUUAAUAUACUGUGUCAAAAUUUUGUGUUUUCUUCUUGUAAAAUGAGAUCAAUAUUUGCUUAUGAUUAGGAAACUUUCUACUCAAUGAAUCCCUUAAGCUUAUGUAAUGACAAACUUAUGCUA